GCCGCUGCUUGUCUCUACCUCCAACUACCGUCGUUAUUGUGAGGCAGCCUCAACCACUACUGCGGCUUCGUCUCUCCAGGCUGAGGUGCUGUUGCUGCUCCUCCUCCGCCGCCGCCGCCGUGUGCAGACCGUCCACACACACCGACCCGUCAUCUACCGGACCUCUCCAGACUCACCUUUACCGGCUUCAGCAGAAACAAGGGCAACGGCUGGUCGACGCGACGCGACGCAACCGACCAACCGACCGACCAACUCCCUCCCCCCUCCUCCUCAAUGCAACCAGCACAGCCGCAAACGCCGGUGGUUGACGUCUGUUGAGGCGGUUUUUUUUUUCUCUCGUGCGGGAAAGGAGGAGGAGUCUAUUCCUAAAAAAGGAGGACCGGUCUGGGACUGGAGUCCGCCAACACCGAACUACGGUUGUUGUUGCCCGGCUCUCUAGUUUGGCAGCUGUGUUUCCAGCAGCAGGAGGAGGAUCCAAAGGAUAAGAGUGCCACAAAGUCGGAAAGAAAAUCGCGGGAACGUCGCUCGACAACGACAGACAGCCGGUUCUCGACGAACCCUGUGGUAAUCUCAGCCUUUUGGCUUGAAGGGAGACAUGGAAGUUGUAGUAACAGAGGAGAAGAAGAAGAUUUUCCGAGCAAGGAAAACGAUGAAAAUCAGUGACAGACAGCAGCUGGACUCUCUCCACACUACUUUGUUGACAGCAGCCCCAGGAUUAUCCAACCCAUCUCCACCUCCAAUAAUGAAUGGCACACAUAAAGAAGAUGGACAAAAAUCUGGCGAAAAAGAGCAGAACAACAUCUCUGGAUCAAACUCCCCCCGUGCUCCGUCACCUUCCUCUCUAACUUCCCUGAGCUCCCCGGCACCGUACUUGUCCUUAAACCUGUCACCUUCACCCCCCUCCUCACACAGUCCAAAGGCACAGGAAGAAACCUCCCCUCCCUCCUCACCAUUCCUCAGUCUAAACUUUGAACCAAACCAAGAUGGCGAGGAGAACGAGUGUUUACCGUCCUCGUCUAAAGACUCUGUUACACCAGCAUCGACAGAAUGUACGGAACAAGAGACAAAAGACACGGAGGUCGUCUCGGCAGAAGAACAGAAGGAUGAAGCUACAACACCAACGGAACAAGCUGUCGACUUGGCGAAAGAUUCCACUAAAGGUUCGGCAUCAUGUUCGCCUGCUCAACCUCCAGCAUCUAACUACACAGAACCAAUGGACACAGACAGUGACAGUGCAAAAACCAUGGACCUUGAACCCUCUGCAGCAAACGUAAAAGAUGAAAAAGCCUCCUCCCCUAAACAUAACGCUUCUGGUCUCCCCUCUUCGUCUGGUCCGUCUCAUCCAGCGUCCUCUUGCACCGACCAGAAGCAAACUAUAGAAAUCAAAGACGAUGAUGUCAAAAACGAAGAGAUUGAUGAAGAAGACGUGAAGAAACCCUCAUCAAAUGAUACAGAGAUGGAAGUGGACUCAGUGAAGGUGGAGCCCAAAAAGUUAAAAGAUGAAUCCACAAGAAAGCCAUCUCGACCGUCCUCCACUCCACCGUCUAAUACAGUUAAGGAGGAGAAGUCUUCGACCUCAGGACUGAAGCGCACCUUAUCAGAAGGUUAUGAAAAAGAUGAACCAAGUGUGAAAAAAGAGGGAAAGAAGAUGAAGAUGGACCAGCAAGAUGAGCUGGAAGCCCAACUGGAAGUUAAAAUUACUGCAAAAGCUGGCAGUCAUCCUAAACUUGAAAAGAUUGUGCAGCAGCUGGUGGAAGAGCGAAUGAGGGUCUUCGAGCUCACCAUUUUCGACAAACACUUCCAAGAACUGAAGGACAGAGUAGACAAAAUCGAUUGUGCCACUAAACACCAAGCCGCCAUUAGUACACUCCAAGCCAAGAUAGCACGACUAUCAAAGAAAUUCGGAGAAGCUAAUCAGGCAUCAGAGAACAAAAGAAAACAAGAGGCGCUUGCUGCAGCUGCUGCCGCCGCCGCCGCUAAUGCUGCUAAGACUGCAACUGUUGCGAGCAACCCUCCGACUCAGCGGCCAGUCCGCACUUCCAUUGAGUUAAAGCAGACCCCAACCAUUGUUUCAUCGUCCACUACAGUUGUUCAAGCUUCACCAGCACUGGCAGCCACUGCCGCAGCAUCAACCUCCACCACCAGUGCUGUGGUUUCACAGACCCCCAUCCUCCAGCUCAUCACCUCCACCUCUAAUGCCGCCUCCAACCUGGCCGCUGGCAUCAACACCCAGAGUCCAGCGGGCACGCUGCUGCUGAAGACGGCCUCCGGGAGCAGCAUGAUGACCACUGGCCAGCCGCUCCUCAUCCAGCUGCCCGGAGCGCUGGUCAACAUUCCCGUCUCCUCUCUGUCCGCCGCCAACUCCCUCAACAAGGCCAAAACCACCGCUUCCACCACCACCUUUAUACUAAAGCCCGCCCCCGCCACGACAACAGCGUCAGCCCCCGCCGCGGUGGCCGCCACGGUCCCGGCGCUGCAAGCCCCCACUAGUCAGAUGCCCUCCACCCAGAUCUCUCUGGCACGCGCCGUAUACCAAGGCGGCACGGGGGCAGUGAAUACACCAAAUGCCGGGGUGUCCGUGACCACGGCCCGGACUCCGGCUCAGUCCGUCUCCGCCGUGGGAGCCAUGUCUGCAGCCUCUUCGCCUGCUGCCUCCGGGCCGGCGGCCACUGGCUCCACGGCUCCAGGGCCGCCACAGGGAACAUCCCUGACGUCAAAGACAGAUAACCAGGCUACCGGAGCGUCUUCAUCCAAAGCAGCGACGCCAACUGCUCGACCCAAAGGCUCGGUAAUCGAUCUCACUGAGGACGAUGAUGAUGUGCAAGUGACCGGAGUCAAAAAUGCCACCGUUCCAACUCCCUCGCCGAUCCUCCGCCCCAACACAGUCGUCAGCAUUCCCAACAGUGCAGGAGCGAAGUCCUCCCCUCAAAGCAAUCAAAACUCCUCCAACAUUCCUCAAUUGACUGUACACCACCGCCCCCCACUGGACUCUCCGUUGAAAUCCCGCGCUGUGAACAACACCGCGGUAACCCGGGGCUCCAGCGUGACGCUCCCCCCUCUCCCCAUUGCACCCGUGCUGUCCCGUUUACCCCCAGAAGCCGAACGCACCUCGCCUCCCCAGCAGCCUCAGCUGAAGCUGGUCCCCAGCCAGACCGGGAUAGUGCUGUCCUGGUGCGUGGCGGAGACUGACCGGACCUGUGCGACUGUAGACAGCUAUCACCUCUAUGCCUACCAUCAAGACAACUCCAGCGGCAACGCAGCUCAGCAGCACUGGAAGAAGAUCGGGGAGGUGAAGGCCCUCCCUCUCCCCAUGGCCUGCACACUCACCCAGUUCCAGUCCGGCUCUACGUACCAUUUUGCUGUUCGAGCCAAAGACAUUUACGGACGUUUUGGAGCCUUCUGUGAACCUCAGUGUACAAAUGUCAUCAAUUCCAGCUCCAGUUAAAUCAAUAACAGACAUUCGUUUUUUUUUGUUUUUUUUUUGCCUUUGGGAAACAAAAACAGUUCUCCUGUUUGGUUUUGUUUUUUUUUUUUUUCGUGUUAGGAAUUCAAACAUUGUGUUUGUAAAUACUCCUCCACUUGCGGUAACUGGACUACUGACUGACUUGGAUCAUUACAAUGGCAAAUGGUUGCAUUUGUCUGGUUUAUUGUAUGUUAUAUAUUUUUUUUGUUGCAACUGUUGUGUAUAUAAUUGAAACACUCUGCCCCUUCAGCCAAGUCGGAUGUUUGUGUUGUUAGCGCCUGUUGGGCCAACCCAGAGCCUCUUUUAAAGUGGAGGAGGUGGAUGCGUUGUUGAUGUAUACCGAAUUGCACAGACAUGUUCAAAAAGUGUGUUAAAAUCGGAACGUUAACUUUUGUAAGUUUUGUCUGGGAAUCAGACUUUGACAUGCAUAAUAAAAGGUUUUAUUAAAGUUGAGGC